AUGUCGCUCUUGCAGCGCAUCGCACGCGCAGCGGCGUUGCCGCCGCAAGUUGUUGGGCUGCAGCAACGUCAUUUCUGCCGUUUCACGCGGCGUCGCAUGCUGGGCAGCGGCGCAAGCAGCAGUGAAGCCAACCGUCGUUGCGGCCGCGCCGGCAACGGUGGUGGUAGUAGUGGUAUUAGUAGCGUUAGUGGUGGUGGUGCGGGGGGUGGGCGGAGAGGCGGUCGCAUGACGGGCAACGUGCCGCCGCCGCGCCCGCCCCCGACGUCGCCUGCCGCCACGCCGGGCGGGGUGCAGUACGGCGAGCGGCGGCAGGCGGCGAUGGACGCGGGGGAGCGGCGACGGCGGACGGAGCAGCGGGCCACGGACGCGCAGCGACGCGGCGAGGAGCCGCCGGACGCCGCGGCGGCGUCCGAAAUGCGCCGCUGGUGGCCUGAGGAGAACCAAAACUGGUCGGGGCGCAUGUUCGCCUCCCCGUUCGACAAGAAUAAGAAGAAGCUGGACGGGAUGUUUGUGCCGGAGAUGACGGCGGUGCAGAGCCCCACCCGGCCGUCUGAGUUGAGCUACGCGGAGGACAACUUCUUCGUCAACCCCGACUUCCACAUGGCCGAUGAGGUCUUCGACGAGGCCCGCCGCUUCGUCCCGCCCCCGAGCUUCGACCCCGCCAUCGACGAGGUGGACGACGACGGCUUUGUGGACGGGCAGGUGAUGCUGGACGUUCAGAAGGCGGUGGAGGAGGACAAGCGACGCCUGGAGGCCUUUGGAAACCCGCUGCUUGUCGAGGACCAGGUGGACUACCUUCUCCAGCCGCAGCGGGAGGGGAUGGAGAACAUGCAGCAGCGGCAGGAGUUUAACGGCUUUGUGCACUGGGGCCUCCUGCAUGGCGCCCACAUGAUCCUUGAGGAGAAUCACGACUACAAGAAGGCGCACGAGUUUGUGAACCGCUACAUGCGAGACAUUGACAUGUUUCAGAAGUGGCUGGAGCACCCAAAGGUGCGGGCGCAUAUUCAGAAGAAGUUUGGCGUUGACAUGCACGCCAAGUUCGAUAAACUUAUGGCUCUUGUCAUGGCAAUGUACGCCCGCUCAAAGAUUCAGGUCUACGAGGACGACCCGGCGGGGGCGCUGAAGUCCCUAACCGCCUGCAUGGGGUUCAUCAGUGAGGGCGCCGACCUAAAGAAGGAGCGGCAUCGCAAGGCCAUCGGCGCCGUUCUCGCCGCCCGCGGGAUGGUGUACUGCAAGCUGAAGUCCUACGAGCGCGCGGAGGACGACCUUACGCGGGCCCUCUCCUUUGUUAACCAAAAGCGGUGCGCCACACUCUUUCAGCUGCGAGCGGAGGCGCUGGAGGCGCUGGGCCGCAUUGAGGACGCCCGCCUCGACGAGGAGCGGGCGGCGGAGAUUUGGGAAAACGCCGAGGUGAUCUCCCCCGGCAUGGAGGGAAGGCCGUACAAGUUUGUCCUGUAG